UUCUUAAUUCACAUGUUAGUCCAGUCUUGAGAUUUUUCCACAGCAACUCGCCACCGUUUAUAAAACGUUGAUUGCUGUCGCGCACGGACAUUAAGUGUGUAGAAUUCGUUCUUAGCGGCGCGUUUUGCCAUCACCGAAAUGAGAGUGUUCGUGUGCUUGUUGGCACUGUGUGCCUUAACGGCAUCAACCAAUGCAGGAUUUCUUGGAUUAUUAGGAGGACUUAAAGGAGGCCUCGGCGGAGGCGGCGGUGGCGGUAGCUACGGAGGUGGCGGCUAUGGCGGCGGCGGUCAUGGCGGUGGUGGCUACAGCGGAGGUGGCGGCUAUGGCGGCGGUGGUCAUGGCGGUGGUGGCUACAGCGGAGGCGGUGGCUAUAGCGGUGGCGGCGGUGCCAAUGUACAAGUCAUUAAAGUUAUUGCUUCCGGAGGUAGCGGUGGCGGCGGCUACAGCGGCGGCGGUGGCUACAGCGGAGGUGGUGGCUACAGCGGAGGAGGCGGCUAUGGCGGCGUUGGUCACGGCGGCGGCGGCUACAGUGGUGGCGGAGGCUACAGCGGUGGCGGCGGUUACAGCGGUGGUGGCGGCUACAGCGGCGGCGGCGGCUACGGCGGUGGUGGCCAUUCCGGUGGCGGAGUCCAAGUCAUUAAAGUAAUUGCAGCCGGCGGUCAUGGCGGCGGUGGCGGCUACAGUGGUGGCGGCUAUGGCGGCGGUGGCCAUGGCGGUGGUGGCUACAGCGGUGGUGGUGGAUACGGACAUGGCGGCGGCGGUUACGGCGGUGGUGGUGGCGGUCACGGAGGUGGCGGCUACGGCGGCGGUGGUUCCGGCGGUCACGUUCAAGUCUACAAAGUUAUAUCACUAGGUAGUGCUAGUGCCGGCGGCGGCGGUGGCGGCUAUGGAGGCGGCGGCUACGGAGGUGGCGGUGGCGGCUAUGGCGGAGGCGGCGGCGGCGGUUGGUCUGGUGCCAGUAGUAGCGCCAGCAGCAGUGCCAGCAGCGGCGGCUGGGGUGGUUGGGAUAGAAAGAAGUAAGCUACCGCACAACAACAACUAACAUUUAAGUUUCCUGCAAGCGAUUUUUAGAACCGCAAUUAUUUGAUGCACUGCCAUUAAUUAAGUACUUCGAAGGUCCAAGUCGAAGCGCUGAGAAUAUUUAAUGUACAAUAUUUUUUUUUGUUGAAAAAAGAGUGAUAACGAGAUAUACAUAGUAUAGAGUGUGAAAGAAGAGAGAAAAACAAUACAUAAAAAAAAAAGAAUAAUUAAAA